UUGAGCUGACAGAGCAAGGACUGCAUUUACAAAAGCCAGAGCAUCAGUCGCUUAUCUGUAACAGAGCACUGGGAUGGUAUUAUUUGCACAGGAUUCGAAAACAACUGUUAGUACAAGAGUGCAUAACAGACAAGGGUACAUUACAGGUUUUAUUUUUUCUCAGAGAUGGGUACCUCAUUCAGAAAUACUUUAUAGCUUUGUAUGCAAUACAAGUAUACUCUUCUGUCUGUUAGAGUUACAGAAUGAACCACACAACAGGAUUCAUCUUUCAGUCUCUUAGACAACUAAGCUUUCCUGUUUGAUAAAGCAGUGAUGCAGCUGUAAUACAAAGAAACAGAAAGACAAGUAUAAAUCUUGUCUGGAUGUGUCAGACGAGAAGUCCAUCAGAUGGAAAACAAGCAUAAGUUCAAGUUUACAGCCUCAGAGGAGCAGCUAUAAACUAUGAAAGAAUUGAGCGUGCUUGAUAACAUACAGAAAAAUGGAAACCUAUGGCUUCAGCUGUGUGCUUCUCAAAGUUAAUCUGCUUAAAGAUGAGCUGAGUGGAAGCAGUGUGACUUUAUAAUGCAACAAUACUACAGUACAGGACACAACUGCUCAUAUUAGGACAACAUUGCAUAAAAGAGGGCUGGGUGAUAAUGCUGUCCUCCAUAAUUAAACACGGGAAUGUGCAAGUCAGAAUAACAGAUUUGUAAAAGCCUGUACAACAAAUAUUACAGGUCCAGCAGAAGUGUUGGGAGAAUGAGGAAGGUGCACUCCCCUAAAAAGAAUGAUGUGGCAGUGGGGUACAAUUUCUAGAUGGCUUUAUCUGAUCAUCCUCUGGGAGUGGGUAUUGGUGGCGGUUCACUGCAGGGUUGCUACCACAUCCAAUUCAGAUCACCAUGAAUCAUCUGGUCACCCCUUGGAGUGGCUUCUGUCAGACAGAGGACCUUUCUACCAAUCUCAACAAUACACCGAAUUUAGUGAUCGAUUCCAGCAAGGGUUUACUACAAGGUACAGGAUUUACAGAGAGUUUGGUCGUUGGCAAGUGACUAACUUGGUAACAGAGCGGAGAGAUAAACUCAAUCUUCCUUUACCUCUGUCACCUGAGUUUUUGCGAAAUCUCAGACUUCUUGGCCGUAGACCCACUUUGCAACAGAUCACAGAGAACUUGAUAAAAAAAUAUGGCACCCACUUCUUUGUCUCGGCCACACUUGGAGGGGAAGAAUCAUUGACGAUUUUUGUGGAUAAACAACGGCUAGCUGGAAGGGCAGAGGGCAGGCAUCCUGGCAGUAACUUGUCCUCAGUGACUCUGGAGACCUUGCACCAGCUGGCUGCAUCUUAUUUCAUUGACAGGGAGAGCACACUGCGCCGACUUCAUCACAUUCAGAUAGCAACUGCAGCCAUAAAGGUUACAGAAACCCGAACUGGUCCCCUAGGAUGCAGUAACUACGACAACCUUGAUUCUGUCAGUUCUGUUUUGGUUCAGAGUCCUGAAAACAAAAUCCAAUUGCAAGGUCUUCAAGUCCUUCUACCAGAUUACCUACGGGAACGAUUUGUGCAGGCUGCACUGAGUUAUACCUCCUGCAAUUUGGAAGGAGAGUUUAUCUGCAAAAACAAUGACUGCUGGUGUCAGUGUGCCCCUACUUACCCAGAAUGCAACUGUCCCCGUGCAGAUGUUUUGUCAGUGGAGGAGAAUUUGCAUCAUGUUGCAGAAGUCUGGGAAGAGACAUACCAGAAAUUUGAAGACUCAGUGGAAUUCAAGUCGUUUGUGAAGAGUUUGCCCAUGGAUCACUUUCUGAACACCUCCUCUAUCUCACACUUGUGGACCUUGGAUUCUAUUCUUACUCAUCGCUAUGACCAUUUGGGAAACAUUCUAAGAGUUAUCUUGAGAAAGUAUCAGAAGCUGGUCCAUAAGCUCUUGGCCCUUAGCAGGCGGUGCUGGAGGCAACCUAAAUUUAAACUUCUGCGAGAAAGGUCUUGGAAGCACUGGCUGAACCGUGCCCAAUCAUUACUCUACUGCAGUGAAAACAACCUGUCCGGGGUGUUUUCUGAAGAAGCUCAUAAAUGCAGGUGCCCUUCUGGACAGGUGUCUUGUAGUGCUCGUAUUCCAUGCACAGUUGGUAAUGGCCCUGCUUGUGUGGCAUGUGCUGUAAACAAUAGGACAUACUGUGCAAGUUGCAACAGUGGUUACAUGUUAAAUGAAGGUGGAUGCCAACCAGAGGUGUCUGAGGCCACAGAACACUACAUCACCUUUGACAGCCAGCUGCAGGACCUCGAGGUGAAGUACCUUCUGCAGAAGCGAGACAGCAGGAUAGAAGUACAGACAAUUUUUAUCAGCAAUGACAUUCGACUCAACAACUGGUUUGAUCCCUCUUGGCGCAAGAGGAUGCUGGUGACUCUAAAGAGCAACAAAUACAAGACCAACCUGGUACACAUGAUGCUGGGUCUUUCUCUUCAGAUUUGCCUCACAGUAAACAGCACACUGGAGCCUUCUCUGGCUGUCUAUAUAAACCCUUUUGGCGGCAGCCACUCAGAGAGCUGGCUUCUGCCUGUCAAUGAAAACAGCUUCCCUGACUGGGAAAGGACUAAACUGGAUUCCAAUCAUCAAUGCUACAACUGGACCAUGAUGCUGGGGAAUAGGCUGAAAACAUUCUUUGAGACAGUGCAUGUUUACUUAAGAAGUCGUAUUAUAUCCAGUGAUCUGGAAAGCAAUGAAACAUUAUUUUAUGAGCCCCUUGAGAAAGGAGACCCCUCCAAUAAUCUAGGCUACAUGAGGAUCAACCACAUGCGAGUCUUUGGAUACAGCAUGCACUUUGACUCAGAAGCAAUUCUUGACCUAAUCAUGCAGCUGGACUAUCCCUAUACUCAAGGAUCACAGGACUCUGCUCUCUUGCAGCUUCUAGAGAUUCGUGAUCGGGUGAACAAACUCUCACCACCAGGUAAACAUAAACUGGACCUCUUUUCUUGUUUGCUCAGCCACCGGCUCAAGUUGUCAUCCAGUGUCGUGGGGAGGAUCUUAGCAACACUCAAGGCUUUCAGUGCCAAAUUGCCAAACUCAGUGGACUAUGAAACAAUAAAAUUAUGCAGCUAACCUAAAACAUAACAUGAACUAAGCUUUCCAUUACAGUACACCAACAGGAAUGGUCAGAGUUGCAGUGACUAAAUAAAAGGAUCACAUUUUCUUCAGCUCAGUUUACACACUGGAAUAGCAAUGGGACUGGUCACUUUCACAUGUAAAAUGAUUUCUGUGGUAACUCAGUUCAAGAAAAUAUGGGACUGGUCAGCUUCAUGUAUAAAAUUGUGUUUUUAUGAUUAACCAAAACAAGAAAAUAAAGUGGAUUGCAUUUGUUUAUAGUUCAUAAAAUGAAUAACUUAUUCUCUGUCUUUUGGCAAUAAAUCUAAAUGGUAA